AAGUUUCAGGAAGUGAGACGGAUCAUUCGUAAACGAUCGAUAAAAGGUAAUGGCGAUACGCAAUCUGAUAAACGAUGUUUCCAUAAGUUUGAAAUUUCGUCCGAAACAAAUUUCCCAAUAGAGGCUGGUUUGGCAUCAUCGGCGGCUGGUUUUGCUGCGAUUGCAUUUGCUUUUGGUCAUCUCUACAAACUUAGCAACGAUUUGGUAUUGCAAAUCGCCAGAUUAGGCUCAGGUAGUGCGUGUCGUAGUCUUUAUGAAGGUUUCGUUCAUUGGAAGGUAGGACGAAGCUCGGAUGGAUCUGAUUGUACGUGCGAGACAAUAGCACCCGCAGAUAAAUGGAAUUCGUUGCGUGCUCUUAUUUUGGUCACAUCCAGUAAAUCGAAACACAUUGGCAGUACGAAGGGGAUGCAGAGAAGCGUUGAAACUUCUCAAUUAUUAAAAUAUCGCGUCGAAGAAAUUGUUCCGAAACGGGUCACAAGGUAG